CAGACGCAAACGCCUCUGCCGCCCUCCUCUCUCUCUCUCUUGCUCGCUAUUCCCUCCAUCCUCUCUCGCACUCACCCCGACGCCGCCGCCUCCCUCCUCUCUCUCUCUCACUACCUGCGCGCUCGCUCCACCCCGCGCCCUAAUCUCCGUCACGCCCUUCGCAAGCACCACCAUUGCCGUCGCCGCCGCCGCCGCCGCCCGUCGUGGCCUCCCCUCCGUGCGCCCGGUUGCUCCUUCACAUCCUGAUGAGAGAAAAGAGGGAUGGGAAGAAAAUGGCAUUAUGUUCAGGAUGAUGCGAUGCUCUGACCAUUUUACACUGUUCUUCUCAGGUUUGCCCAGGAGUACGAGAUGUGCGGCAGGGCUCGCUGCACCCUUAGCCCGUCCCAGGCCGCUAGGGCUUUCGGCUUCCCGACCACGACCUCUGUCGCGGGCGGUGGGACUGGGGGCGGCUGCGGAGGAGGUGACGCACCCGCUGUGCCGUUGCUCCGGAUGGACCGGUAGGAAGGGAGUUUUGAGGUAUCGGCCAUCAUACAAUGUGUCGCCAGGGACAUACCUGCCGGUGGGCACCGUUCGGGCGCGGCCGGCGGGGUAUGAUGGUGGAGGGGACAUGGACGGGGAGGUGUCGGUAAUCCAGUGCAUGAAGUGGGGGCUUGUGCCCAGCUUCACCGGCAAGAACGAGAAGCCCGAUCAUUUCAGGAUGUUCAAUGCACGGUCAGAGUCUAUAAAGGAAAAGGCUUCCUUUCGGCGACUUAUCCCAAAUAAUAGGUGUCUUGUGGCAGUAGAAGGUUUCUACGAAUGGAAAAAGGAUGGGCCAAAGAAGAUGCCGUAUUACAUUCAUUUCCAAGAUCAGAGGCCUCUUGUCUUUGCUGCCCUCUUUGACACUUGGACAAACUCGGAAGGAGAAACCAUCCAUACUUUUACUAUUUUGACUACUCGGGCCUCGAUUUCUCUAAAAUGGCUUCAUGAUAGAAUGCCAGUAAUCUUGGGUGACAAAGACUCCAUUAGUACUUGGUUGAACGGUGCAUCUGUGAAACUCGAAGAAAUUACAGUACCCUAUGAAGGAGCAGAUCUUGAUCAAAUCAGCUGGCACGCCCUUGACACACUCGAGGCUAGCCUUGGACCUGCACUGGAGUUAAGCAGAUCUCCCAGGCCGCCGUGUUUUCACAUCAACAGUGGCAUAGGCCUUAUCAGCUGCAUCAUCGAAGCCCUCCUUCAGAGCUUCCUUCUCCCUUCCUCCCUGGAACCAGAAGGUCUGAAGGGGGGAGACAUAAUUUGUCCAUGGCAAGGCAUGUGGACACCGCGGGAUCUCCUCGGCAUCCUCUUCAUCCCCGGUGGCCUCUCCUUCCCUGCCGGUCGGUUCUUUCCCAGGUCGGCGAUUGGGUGGAGUUUGUGGGCUGGGCGGAGGAGAAAGUCGAUGUGCCGGGUGUGGCGGCACUAUCGCCCUGGCCGCUAACCCCGUCACCAGCGCCUCCCUCAGCUCCCGCCGCAUUUCCACCACUCAGUUGGGCUGAGUCAGCUGCGGCACUCAUCGACCCGUCACCAGCGCCUACCUCCGCUCCUGCCACAUCUCCUUUACUCGGCCGGAUCGAGUUAGCUGCGGCGCCCGUCGACUCGUUACCACCACCUACCUCCUCUCCCGCUGCAUCUCCGCCACUCGGCCGGGCCGAGUCAGCUGCAGCGUCUGUCGAUACGCCACCGCUGGGCCAGCCUAAGUUGCCCGCCGCCGUCUCAGCAUCUCCCGCCACCCGACCGGCCCCAAGCUAGGUUUGAGUGGCACUGGGCUCGGCUCUUGGCCCAGUCUCCGGUUGAGCCGACCUCGAUUUGGCUUGGUCAGAAGCGUCGUCUGCGCCCUGGGUCGAGUCAAGCUUACCUGGGUUGUCCUGCGUUGAUACCCUGCAACGAUUCACCUAACAUCAACCAGCAUUAAUAUAUAUCGAUCUCCACCGCAAUCAGAGAAAUGACAAGGAUCACAAUCAUAACUCACCUGGUGGAUUGACGGGUCUUGUGGACCCCAAUCUUCGGGGUCCUGGUCGGGCCAUGGGAGGCUACCUUUGCAGUCGCAUCCUCUGCCUUAGCAGCCCUGGAGGCGGUAGUCGCCGUCCUCGUCGUCGCUUGAGGAGUCCCGGGUGAACCCCCUAAGCCCGUCGGGUUCUUCUUUCGGGAACUUGGAUCAGAGGUCACCAAAACGUCCUUCCCCUUGCCGGAGGUCUUGGAGGCCUCCGGGAUCCGUGUGGCGGUCGUGGACCUUGGGACCACCGGAUGGCUUCUUGGAUGAGCUGGCCCUAGGCUCAUCGGUGGUAGCGCGCUUAGUUGGGCGACCACUCGGCAGUGGAUCGUCGACACGCCUCUUGCUUCGGGCAUUGGGCAGAGGAGGGUUGGAGAUGAGUACUUCAACUCCCUGCAAAAGAGAAGAACGCAAAGGAUCAUUGUCUAUCACCAGUUUGAGCAAAAGAUGUGAACCAAAGAUCAACUAAAGCAAAGCAUACCUUUGGGCGCUCCAUGCCAUGUUUGAGGGGAUGAGGACAUCCCUCCGUGGUGAUCGGAGUCCUAGCUUCGAAGAACUUAAAUCAUCCUAUUAGCGACCUCGCUCUUGCGGAUGAUUUGUUGCCUCUCCCGGGUCUCAUCGGUCUUACCAAUGUAUUCCUAUGUUGGGUAAGCGUGGCUUUUCAAUGGUUGGAUUCACCAUGUGACAAAGUUGCAGGCCACGGCGACCCCAGUUAAGCCGUUGUUGAUCAUAUAUUUGAUUCCCUUCAACAACCCUCGGACUUGAUCCAUCUCGCCACCGUCGGGGAGGGAGUACUAGCAAUCUUUAACAACGGGAGCAUGAUCGGUAAAUAGAGGUAGGCUUGGCAGUGGAUUGGAGCAUUAAAACCAUCUUGAUCGCCAACCUUUGUUGCUGGACCUGAGGGGGAGAUCAAAAAAUUCCAGAUCCUGUUGGUCCGGGUCUAGUUGCCACUUCCCCAACUACCAUAGGAUUCCUCUUGUUGGGUUGCGGUUUGAGUUGGUACAGAUAACGGAAAAACGCAAAGUGGGAAGGGAUGUCGUAGUAUGCCUCACACAGAUGAAUGAAGAUGGCUAUUUGGAGGAUAGAAUUGGGACUGAGGUGAUGAAUAUUAAUGCCAUAAAAGUGAAGCAGACCUCGGAGAAAAUCGCCGGCAGGCAGACCGAGGCCGAACCGGAAGAAGGGGAGGAAGACCAUGAUCUCGUCUGUGUUCGGGGUUUGGAAGUCCUCUUCGACAGCCUCCCUCCAGUUGAUGAGCUCCUGCAGGGGGGAGGACUCCUACUGCUUCCUCUAUCAUCGACGGUGUCCAGGCGGUGGCCUGGUUCGGGAUUGGCACAGAUUCUGCCAUCGACUACGACAUCAGGGCCGCGGAAAGCAAAGAGCUUCGGCGAGAGAAGUGGGGCGGUGGAAAAUCUCGCCCAAUCUGACUCGAGAACGUAGCAGAUGAGGAGGAUGCAACGCCAUUUGGGGAAAGUUGAGCAACAACACUCCCGUCGGGCGUACUUAUGCCAUUAGGUAUUCUUGACGGGCCGACCCAUGAAAGGACUCUGAUUUUGGAAAAUAAGUUCAGUUUCCAUCCUUCAAGAAGGAAAAAUCGGCCGUUCGCAAUUCCACUCGGACCCAACUAAAGUAAUCUAUAUCCAAAAUUUUGGGGUGAGUACUCAGCUGGAUUUGAUCCUGUCGAACGACGUCGUCAUCUUCAGACUCUACAUCAAGCGAAGUACUCGGGGGAUAUUGUGGGGGGCACGGUACCCUGGUGCCCCACGAGAGGCCUUUGGGCCGUACUGCGUAGGGUAAGCCAAGUGGCCUAGGCCCAAGCGGUAUCAUCAAUGUAUAGAAAGGGAUAAGAGAUAAGAAAGUCUAUCCUAUCCCAUAUCAUUAGACGGUAGGUACCUUGAUUAUGAGGUAUACCGUACCAUGCACGCCGCCUGCCGCCCUAGCUCUAUAUAAAGGGUGGCGGUAGGAACCCUAAAGGGUUACACUCUUUCUUUGAUACGCGCCAUUAGCCACACCAUUGCUGAUUUGCACACACCUCAACAUAGAUCCAAUCUAUGCUAAAUGGACUAGGGUUUUACCUCACUCGAGGGCCUGAACCAGUAUAAAUCUAUCACCAUCUCUCCUUGAUCUUGUGCACCUUACAAAUUACAUUGCCGACCAUAAAAAUCGACAAAUGCCCAAUCUGGAAGUUUUCCGAAAUGCUACUUGGCCUUUUUAGCUACCAACAUAGCCAAUUAUGUGUCAUGUUUUGUGAUUUGGUACAUGUGGUAGCAUUCACCAAAUGUCAAACUUUGUCUCUGCUACAAAAUUUACUCUGGUUUCAACACUGUGUGAAGUUGUGAGCAAUCUUCAAAUCAAUAGAAUCAUCAUAAUGAUGAUCUAGCUUAACCUUGUUAGGAUGUAUUAGUACUUUACCUAGAUGGAGUUAAAGAUAUUAUUUGUUGAAGUCACUUCUUUCAUAACUUUAUCCACUUGUGCCUCUUAAUUUUCAACUUGAGUUUGCACAGGAAAUUUUUUAUUUUUUAAUUUUAUUAAUAGACCAUUCCAAAAAGUAUUUUCGAAAACUGAACCUUUUGGCCAGCGUUGUUUGGCCACGCCAGCCAUGGUGGCGUGGCAAGAGGCUGGCGUGGCCAAACAAUGCGGCCACGCAAACUGCACGUGGCGUGACAAAGUUAUUUGGCCACACUAGGCGGGCUGGUGUGGCCAAAAGGUCUAGAUUUGGAAAUACUUUUUGGAAUUGUCUUUUAAUCAAAUUAAAAAAAUAAGUCUAAAAAAUAAAAAUAUAAGUCUAAAAAAUAAAAAAAAUUCAUUGCACAGAGGGAUUCUCUGGACUUUCCUUGACCACUUCAGCCAAUAAAAGCUAAUUUCUUGUAACUUUGAUUAGUAUAUCUAUCAUAUUCUUAUGAGUACCUUUCUUAUUGUUGGACAACUGCUCUUGCUUUUUGUCGUAUCAGAGAACAUCCCUCUAUGCUUUGCUCCAACAUUUCCUUGAUAGCUUUAGCCUCUUUAGCUUGCUGUAUUUAGGUAAUGAUCAAAAUGUUCAUUUUUUUAUGAAUCAAAGUUAGAUCAUGCUAUACAUGUGCAUGAACAUAAAGCAAAUUUCACGAGACUUGCAUUGUCUUGCUUCAUCUUAGCUCGAGGAUUAGAACUUCAUUGUACUUUUCCUUUGGACUCUCAGUUUCUUUUGCUUGUUUCUUUGCCUUCAUCCAUGGUCUUUGUAGAAAAUAUUUGUAGCAUCCGAGCUCAUGAAGCAUUAAGUUAUCCGGGUGGGUCCUAACGAUGUGUGACUUCCUACGUAGGCAAGUUUAUCCAUGAUGCUUGUACGAAACAAUCUCUUUUUCUUUUUUUUUUUUGGGAGGGGGGCAUAUUGUUAUUUUCAUGGUAUCCAAUACUAGAGGGAGGCUGAUUCCUGGUUUCAUUAUUGGACUAAAGUUGCCGAGAAGAGAUUGAAGCAAAGCAUAGAGGAAUGUUCUUUCAUUCAAGAGACAUGUAAAAAGCUAGAAUAGCAGUUGUCGAGGUAUUUAUGACAGUCUGAUUGAUCUACUUCCCUGCAUGAGUUAGCGUCUACUAUUACGGCUGAAGUAGCAAAGACAAAUUUUGACCAGAGGUCAAACAUACCAAACUAUUUCCUAAGUAGGUUGCACAUGCCAUAGGAACAAUUAGUUAUUGCAAGUUCUUAUGUGGGGAAUCGCCUACACUGAGCGCAGGAAGCAACCGAACAAGUCACCUGCACUGCGAUUGAAUUGUGCUGCUUCAGGAUCAGUUUUCUCUCAGUUUAGGUUUGGUUUGUUCAAGACAGUUGAGGUUAUUAAGUUUGUUCAGACAAAGUCCUAUAAAAGAGGAUGGAAGGCAAGAUUCAUUUGUUAAUCAAGGAGCGAGCUUCCAUUAACAUUCUCCUCUGUUCUCUAUUCGCAUUUCCAUAAAAGGGCCCUUAGGUGGCAAGGGAUUAAGCCUUGCCCUCCCAUUGAGGACUCGGUCACACUGCGUCAUUUGGAGCCGCUGCCAAACCACAAAACAAGUUUCCUGGGGGGAAGCUAAGUUGUGUGUCCAAUUUUCUGGACCAAGACUUUGUCAAGUUUGGGAUG